UAGUGAGCUGUCGAGUGCUGCUCAGGUACUUUAUGCGCCUUGUUUUCAUACAAGAAUUAAGGCAUUGACUGUUACCUAAAUCGCCUUUGAUAUUUCUAACACUAGCUUGUAUGGAAACGUGACAGUGACCCAGAAGAGGGAAAAUGCCGGUGGUAUUUGGGAACUGUAAAGUCACUUUUGAGUGUCUAAUGGCCACAUUUGAGAAAUAACGCAGUCGGGUUAUAUAGAGCGGCAAUUAUUCCCCAUGGAAAGCCUCGAAAUACGAUGGAUGUCUGAGUUAACAGCGCUGCCCCGGGGGACAUCUUUAGGCUACACUGAGGAAGGGGGGGCGUGGCGGUGGAGCAAGGGACCUUCGCUGACGGGACAGAGCACGGCGCGGGCUCUCCGGUCUUGCUCUCCGGGUGCAGUCGACCAGGGAAGCCGAGCACUACGGGGUCCACAAAGACCGAGCCGUAAAGUUGAAGAAGAGGCGUUAACGGCAGGGUAAAACGGCGUCAGCGUGCGAGUUAACGCAGGUCGGACACACCGGAGCGGCGCCGCCGGGGGGGGGGGGGGGCAGCCCUCGUAUCCUAGCCCUCUGAAUACCUGACUGUCCCAUGACAGGUGGGCUGCACCAUGGCUUCUGCUCCACCUGAGGCGAGGAAGUUUGCCCGGGGCCUCAACAAACCGGGCACCGCCGCGGAGCUGAGGCAAAGCGUCUCCGAGGCUGUCAGGACGUCAGUGUUGAUGGUAAAGCCGAAGAUCAUAGAGCCUCUGGACUAUGAGAAUGUCCUUCUACAGAGGAAGACCCAGAUCAUCAGUGAUGUUCUGCGGGACAUGCUGCAGUUCCCCACCGACGACUUCCAGAUCUCCACCCUGCGGCGCCAGGGCAGGACUCUGUCCUCAACCGUGCCAGAGACUGCCGAGAAAGAAGCUCACUCUCUGUUUGUCCAAGAGUGUAUCAAAACCUACAAGUCCGACUGGCAUGUGGUCAAUUACAAGUAUGAGGAGUAUUCUGGAGACUUCCGUCAGCUCCCAAAUAAGGUGUUAAGACCUGAGAAACUAGCAGCUCACCUGUUUGAAGUGGAUGAAGACGUGGAAAAAGAUGAGGACACAGCCUCUCUGGGAUCUCAGAAGGGAGGAGUGUCUAAACAUGGCUGGCUGUACAAAGGCAACAUGAACAGUGCAAUCAGUGUCACUAUGCGGUCCUUCAAGAGAAGGUACUUCCAUCUGGCUCAGCUUGGAGAUGGGUCUUACAACCUCAACUUCUACAAAGAUGAAAACACCUCCAAAGAACCCAAAGGAACCAUCUUCCUUGACUCAUGCAUGGGAGUUGUUCAGAACAGCAAAGUGCGGCGGUUUGCCUUUGAGCUUAAGAUGCAGGAUAAGAGUACAUUCCUGCUGGCUGCAGACAGUGAAGUGGAGAUGGAGGAGUGGAUCGGCACCCUUAACAAGAUUCUCCACAGCAGCUUUGAACAGGCCAUGCAGGAGAAGAGGAAUGGAGACCUGCAUGAUGAUGAGGAGCAUGGAAAAACAGACCUCUCUUCUGGAAGUUUUCAAGACAGCUUUCAGACCGCCAGAGACAUUGAGUCCAAAAUGAGAAGUGAAGCUCGCCUGAAGCUGUUCACUUUGGACCCUUACACACAGAAACUGGACUUUUCUGGCAUCGAGCCAGACGUGCGGCAGUUUGAAGAGAAGUUUGGGAAGAGAGUCCUGGUCAGCUGCAAUGACCUGUCGUUUAACCUGCAGGGCUGUGUUGCAGAGAAUGAAGAGGGACCAACAACUAAUGUGGAGCCUUUCUAUGUGGCCCUGUCCCUCUUCGACGUCCAGAAUAGUAGAAAGAUCUCAGCUGACUUCCACGUGGAUCUCAACCAUCCUUUGGUCCGACAAAUGACAUCAGGCUCAGGUAGCGGGCAGGAUUUGCAAAUCAACGGCAGCAAAGGUGAUGGUCUCCUGGACGGCCACAGGCUGGCCAGUGGGCUCCCAGAGGGGGCUCUCCAAUACCCCAGACAGGGGGUGUUCUCAGUCACAUGCCCCCAUCCCGAGAUCUUCCUAGUGGCCAGGAUUGAGAAGGUCCUGCAGGGGGGGAUUACUCACUGCACUGAACCCUAUAUGAAGAGCUCCGACUCGGCAAAGAUGGCUCAAAAGGUGCUGAAGAAUGCUAAAACAGCCUGCAGCAGACUAGGACAGUACAGGAUGCCAUUUGCAUGGGCUGCAAGGCCUGUGUUCAAAGAUGCGUCAGGAACUUUGGACAAAAGUGCUCGCUUCUCAGCUCUUUACAGACAGGACAGCAGCAAACUGUCAGAUGAGGACAUGUUCAAGCUGCUUACCGACUUCAGAAAACCAGAGAAAAUGGCCAAACUCCCUGUGCUCUUAGGGAACUUAGAUGUAACUAUUGACAGUGUGGCCCCGGAUGUAACCAAUUGUGUCACCUCCUCCUACAUCCCUGUGCGGAAAUUUGAGGGCAAUGGGCCUGGCAGCGCUCUCCUGGAGGUGGAGGAGUUUGUACCCUACAUCGCUAAGUGCUCCCAACCGUUCACCAUCUAUAAAAACCACCUCUAUGUCUACCCAAAACACCUCAAGUAUGAUGGGCAGAAAUCUUUCGCUAAGGCAAGGAAUAUCGCUGUUUGCAUUGAAUUCAAGGAUUCUGAUGAGGAUGAAGCCCGGCCACUGAAGUGCAUCUACGGUCGUCCAGGAAGUCCCCUAUUCACGAAGCAGGCGUAUGCAGCCAUCCUGCACCACCAGCAGAACCCUGAGUUCUACAAUGAGAUAAAGAUAGAGCUGCCCACCCAGCUGCAUGAGAAGCACCACCUGCUCUUCACCUUCUUUCAUGUUAGCUGUGAUAGCAACAGCAAGAAGAAAGACCUAGUGGAGACUCCAGUGGGCUCAGCUUGGCUGCCACUGCUGAGGGAUGGCAGAGUCAUCAUGAAUGACCAGCAGCUGCCUGUGGCUGCCAAUCUAUCCGCCGGGUACCUGGGCUCCCAGGAUGGUGUCACCAAGCACUCUGGCUCAGAGCUGAAAUGGGUAGAUGGAGGAAAACCCCUGUUCAAAGUCUCAACUCAUCUUGUGUCCACAGUUUACACUCAGGACCAGCACUUGCACAACUUCUUCAAUCACUGUCAAAGCAUGGAGGUGUCAGAACAGGCUUCAGAGGGGGAGCUGGUCAAAUACCUGAAGAGUCUCCAUGCAAUGGAGGGUCAUGUGAUGGUCAACUUUCUGCCCACCAUCCUCAACCAGCUGUUCUGUGUCCUAACCAGAGCCACACACGAGGAUGUGGCUGUCAACGUGACCAGGGUGAUGGUUCAUGUUGUAGCACAGUGCCAUGAAGAGGGACUUGAGCAUUACCUGAGGUCUUAUGUCAAGUUCGUGUUUAAGCCAGAGCCUUAUUCAUCCACCAAUGUAAAAACGGUUCACGAGGAGCUGGCUAAAGCCAUGACAGCCAUACUCAAGCCAUCUACCGACUUCCUAACUAGCAACAAGCUGCUGAAGCACUCAUGGUACUUCUUUGAAGCUCUGGCGAAAUCAGUGGCUCAUUAUCUCAUGGAGAGUGGAAAGGUCAAGCUCUCUAGGAACCAGCGUUUUUCUGCAUCCUUCUACCAUGCAGUGGAGACUCUGGUCAACAUGCUGAUGCCACAAAUCACCCAGAAAUACAAAGACAACCUGGACGCAGCUUGUAAUGCCAACCACAGCCUGGCAGUUUUCAUCAAGCGCUGCUUCACCUUCAUGGACAGAGGCUUCAUAUUCAAGCAGAUCAACAACUACAUGAACUGCUUUGUGCCUGGAGACCCCAAGACGUUGUAUGAGUUCAAGUUUGAGUUCCUGCGGGUUGUUUGCAACCAUGAGCAUUAUGUUCCUCUUAAUCUGCCCAUGCCCUUUGGAAAAGGCAGAAUACAGAGGUUCCAAGAUCUCCAGCUGGACUACUCUCUGACUGAUGACUUCUGUCGAGACCAUUUCCUGGUGGGGCUGCUGCUCAGGGAGGUUGGGGGGGCCCUUCAGGAGUUCCGAGAGAUCCGUCAGAUCGCCAUCCAGGUGCUCAAGGGGCUGAUGAUCAAACACACAUUCGACGACCGCUAUGCUGCGAAAAGCCAGCAGUCCAGACUUGCCACCCUUUACCUACCUCUGUUUGGCCUGCUCCAGGAGAAUGUCCACAGACUGGACGUCAAGGAGUCAGCGCCCCUCAGCAACCACAAUGCGAGGGAGGACUCUCUGGUGCCAAACUCCAUGGUGACUCAUCAGAAACCCGGGAGCUGCAUAGAGAGUGCUCUCCACAAAGAUGUGUUUGGGGUCAUCUCUGGAACAGCGUCCCCUCACAGCUCCACUCCCAAUGUCAGCUCAGUUCACCACGCAGACUCCCGAGGCUCCCUCGUCUCCACCGACUCCGGAAACAGCCUGGACAAGAGCAGUGACAAGACCAAUUCCCUGGAGAAGAACCAGUGUGCGUCGGCUCUGGGCAGCACUGUGCUGCGCUGCGACAAACUGGACCGGGAAGAGAUCAAAAACCUGCUCAUGUGCUUUCUGCAUAUUCUCAAGAGCAUGUCAGAGGAGGCCCUUUUUGCUUACUGGAACAAAGCAGCUUCCUCAGAACUAAUGGACUUCUUUACAUUAAUAGAAGUCUGCCUCCAUCAGUUCAGAUACAUGGGGAAGAGAUUCAUCGCCAGGAGCCAGGAGGGGACAGGGCCUGUGGCUCCGGACAGGAAGUCUCUGACUCUGCCUGUGUCUCGUAACAGGGCAGGGAUCCUGCACGCCCGCCUACAGCAGCUGGGAACUCUGGAGAAUGCUCACACCUUCAACAACAUGUACUCUCAUACAGAAGCAGAUGUGAGCAGCCAGUGCCUGCUGGAGGCCAAUGUGUCCACAGAGGUCUGUCUGACUGUACUGGACACACUGAGCACCUUCAUCAUGGGAUUCAAGACCCAGCUCAACUCGGACCUGGGUCACAACCCCCUGAUGAAGAAAGUGUUCCAGGUACAUCUGUGCUUCCUGCAGAUCCCUCAGUCCGAGGCCGCCCUCAAACAGGUCUUCAUCUCACUCAGGACCUUCAUCUACAAGUUCCCCUGUACCUUCUUUGACGGCCGGGCCGACAUGUGUGCCUCUCUGUGCUACGAAAUCCUCAAGUGCUGUAACUCCAAGCUGAGCUCCAUCCGCGGCGAUGCCGCCCAUCUUCUCUACUUCCUCAUGAAAAGCAACUUUGACUACACAGGCCGCAAGUCUUUUGUACGAACACACCUGCAGGUGGUCAUUGCUGUCAGUCAGCUGAUUGCUGAUGUCAUCGGCAUCGGGGGGACCCGUUUCCAGCAGUCCCUUUCUAUCAUCAACAACUGCGCCAACAGUGACAAGAGCAUCAAGCACACAGCGUUUCCGUCGGACGUGAAGGACCUGACAAAGCGCAUCAGGACAGUGCUGAUGGCCACAGAGCAGAUGAAGGAGCACGAGAACGACCCGGAGAUGCUGGUGGACCUCCAGUACAGCUUGGCCAAGUCCUACACCAGCACGCCCGAGCUCCGCAAGACCUGGCUGGACAGCAUGGCGCGCAUCCACAACAAGAAUGGGGAUCUUUCGGAGGCAGCCAUGUGUUACGUGCACGUUACUGCUCUGGUGGCUGAGUACCUGUGGAGAAAAGGCAUGUUCCGGCAGGGAUGCUCUGCCUUCCGCGUCAUCACGCCAAACAUCGACGAGGAGGCGGCCAUGAUGGAGGAUGUAGGGAUGCAGGAUGUUCACUUCAAUGAGGAGGUGCUGAUGGAGCUGCUGGAGGAGUGUGCUGAUGGGCUCUGGAAGGCGGAGCGUUAUGAGCUCAUCGCUGACGUCUACAGGCUCAUCAUCCCCAUCUACGAACAGCGCAGGGACUUUGAGAAACUGACCCACCUGUAUGAUACCCUCCACCGUGCCUACACUAAGGUGAUGGAGGUGAUGCACACUGGCAAGAGGCUGCUGGGCACAUUCUUCAGAGUGGCUUUCUUUGGACAGGGCUUCUUUGAGGACGAAGAUGGAAAGGAAUACAUCUACAAGGAGCCAAAGUUCACGCCGCUGUCGGAGAUUUCCCAGAGGCUCCUGAAGCUCUACUCCGACAAGUUUGGCCAGGAGAAUGUCAAGAUCAUUCAGGACUCUGGCAGGGUGAACCCGAAGGACCUGGACUCCAAGUACGCCUACGUCCAGGUGACCCACGUCACACCCUACCUAGACGACAAGGAGCUUGAGGACAGGAAGACGGACUUCGAGAAGAGCCACAACAUCCGGCGCUUUGUCUUCGAGACGCCGUUCACGGUGUCGGGCAAGAAGCAGGGAGGAGUGGAGGAGCAGUGCAAACGGCGGACCGUUCUCACCACCACCCACUGCUUCCCUUACGUGAAGAAGCGCGUGGCGGUCAUGUACCAGCACCAGACCGACCUGAGCCCCAUCGAGGUGGCCAUAGACGAGAUGAGCUCCAAGGUGGCCGAGCUGCGACUGCUGUGCUCAGCCUCCGAGGUGGACAUGAUCCGUCUGCAGCUCAAACUGCAAGGCAGCAUCAGUGUCCAGGUAAAUGCUGGCCCUCUUGCUUACGCCAGAGCUUUCCUAGAUGACAGCAGUGCCAAGAAAUACCCUGACAACAAGGUCAAGCAGCUCAAAGAGGUUUUCAGGCAGUUUGUGGACGCCUGUGGUCAGGCGCUGGGGGUGAACGAGCGGCUGAUCAAAGAGGACCAGCAGGAGUAUCACGACGAGAUGAAGGCCAACUACAGGGACCUGACCAGGGAGCUGUCGAACAUCAUGCAUGAGCAGAUAAACCCAGUGGAAGACGGUACACGGAGCGCUCUGUCGGACUCCAUGGGCAUCUUCAACGCCAUCAGUGGCACGGCAGCCAGUGCCAGCGCUCAUGGCUCGACCACCAUACUCUGACAGCGACGGUCCACUCCAGUCUCACGCCUUCGUUCGCCCAUAAUAAUGAUUGGUCAAACUGCCUGCCACUCAGAAGGAAUCAACUAGGACUCUUUCUAAGUACCUAAAAACAACCCACAGCCGUGAUCCAUUGGUAUAUUUUUUUUUUUCCUCCUGCUGUUCCUCUGCAUGUCGUGAGCUAGAAAAUUCAAAAGAAAAUCAGCAGGCCCCUUCGUUCUUGUUUCCUAUGGAGACUCUGGAGCCAGAUUUAAGCCACAUAGAGGGUUUUGUUUUUAUCCUAUGUAAGACCGGGUUAAGCGAAUGUGAUGACUCAGCUCAACGUUAUGUUAUCUGAAAGCGUCCUGGUGUCUUAAACCCCACCCAAGGGCUGUUGUCCCUAGGUUGCAACAAACGUGAGGAACUUCAUUUGCAUUUGACCCAAGUCUAAACCUUAUCUGUUCUCUACUGUGGGGCUCCCAUUUAUCUACAGUGUUUGUGAGAGAGAUUUUAUGAGAGACAAAUGCCACUGCUGUAACCAUACAUACGUUCUCCGACUGAUGCACAGUAUUUUCACGUUGCUUUUUUCUGUUCUUUUCCCAUCGGGGCUCUGUUACAGCAGAUGCGUGCUUUUUUUUUUUUUUUUU